UCUUGCUACGUGCAGUGCAGUUCGUCUCUAAAAAUGAUUCAGAAACGGACUGUUACCCUCAGUUACAAAAAUUAAAGGAUGGAACGGAAAUUGGUUCAGAUUUUGUUCCUUUUUGUUUUUCCCGGAUUAUCUUUCGCUCAAAAUUAUAGCAGACCCACAUUUCCACCGGUAUUUCAAACAGAAGUGGAGGGCAUCUUGCACCUUGAACUGGAAGAACUUUCCGCAUCCGUUUAUUAUGACUACGAGAAAAAUAGAGCUGCAUUGUUUUACACCUAUCAAAAUAUCUCAACCAGAAGCAUUUAUGAUUUUGAAACCAAUCAGCUGAUUUACCUCAAAGGAACUGUAUGUGACGUAGCAGAUAUUUCUGAGGACGUUGGAGAAUCCUUUUUCCGCUUCACCACAGAUGAUAACAAUAAAAAACAUAUCGAUAAAGCAGAAGACAUACUUUUCUUUUCCAAUUCAGAGCUGGUGGAACAAAAUGCAACUGCCUUCCCAACGUAUGAGUUUCAAGGAGUAAUAAAAGAUUCUUCUUACUUUGACGCCGACUGUAACAUAACACAUGUAUUUACAAGACCUAUAAUAGAACGACCCGAAUGCGAUAACCAUGCCUGCAUACCAACACUGAUGUCAAUAUCCGUCAGGUGUGCAGACGAAAAUGGUACGCUUGCUGGAAGUUACAGCAUGAGGUUCCAUCGAUUCCGGGAAACCAUCGAGGAUGAAUCCGUUUUCCUGCCGCCACCGGGAGUACAUUGCAACCUAAAGAGCACUAAGGAAUUUCCAGUUUUUCCGGCCUAUUUCAGUUUUACUUUUGACGUAACAAGCAGUGAUUUAGAUGCUUCCGAAGAUGCUCCAUUUUAUGUUUCACACAAAAAAGUUUGGUUUGACAGAGAUCACCUGAUUAUCCGAAUAGAUGAAUUCGAUGACGAUGCUUUCAUGACGUCAUCAAGAAUAUAUGAUUUGAAGAAAGAAAUGGUAUAUACGAUCGUGGCAGUGAUGUCUACUUGCGAGAUGGGUCGCAUUGAAGAAUUCCCAAACCUCGGUGAAAUUACAAGCCUACCAAAGAUAUUUUUCUCAAAAAAUCCUGAAACUUUGGAAAAGGCAAUUUACGUUGGAAAGCGGAGGGAGCGCGGAUUAAAUUUUGAUGUCUGGACUCUCGAUUGGACGGAUGAGGAAUCAGAUGAUAACGUUGUCAUGGAAAUGUACUUUCUGAAGACGGCGCCUACUUUUGGUAUUGCCACAGGAGAAUUUAGUGAAGACGAUUUUAUUUUGCAAAUCUCACAUACAAAUACCUACUACUAUGAACGAAGAGAAGAACAAGUUUAUGAACUUUCUACGCAAGUGAUUCUGGAAAUCAAUAAUUUUCGAUACCGCCCGAAAGAAUGGGCGGCUUAUGACAUAGCAUCAUGCUUCAGUAACGAGCAGAAGAAAGGUUUCAAGCUUUUGGUGGAAGGGCCACCUCUAGUAAAAGAAAGCCACCUGUACCACGACAUACUCGAGCAGCUUUAUGACAAGAUAACGGAGGUCACCAAAGUGUCUAUUUUGAGGAUUAAUGAGCUCACAGGCGUGUUCGAUGGCGUUCAUUUAACUGAAAUAACAGGCUGGAUCUUAGAAAGUAAUAUUUCCUCAAGCACCGCUGAGCACGAUAUGAAUGAAACAUAUAGGGUGAUAGAAUCAUCUGCAGAACAAGGAUUGCUGUCAGUUACAGUUACUAAAGAUAAAACAAAAGUACUGUACAAUAUUACAAGGGCAUUGAGCACAUCUGACGAAACAGACGACAAGGGUGAUAAGGACGAUAAGGAUGAUAAAACUACGCCAUCGAAUAAAGGACACUGCUUUUCUGGGACAUCAAUGGCUGUGGCCUGCAUAAUACCACUACUAGCGGGUUUUGCUAUAGGUGGCAUUGGAUACCGUGUGUUUUUAACAAAAAGGAAACCCAGCAGUGUUGACCGACUGCCGUUGGAUUCACUACAAUAAUCCGAUUUUCACUUUCUAAAGAGCUAGAAGGUACCAAGAGCUUAAAAUGUCCAAGUUUGUUUACUAAAGCUCAAAGGAACAGUACCGCAAAUCAUGAAAGAUUUGUAACACUCAGGGAGUUGUCUCUCUGUAUUACUAUUGUAAA